AUUCGUGUGGGCUGGCGACUGUCAUCUCUAAUGCACCACACGUGUGUUUUGUUUUGAUGAUCUUCUAGUUUUUGGUUUGUUUGGCAAUUCUCAUGGACUUCGCCAAGAAAAUACUCGGAAAAUAUGGCUGGAAAGAGGGCGAUGGCCUGGGCAAGAACAACACCGGAAUUGCAGCUCCCUUAAAAGCCAGUUUGAAGUUCGAUAAUGCAGGAUUGGGAGUGGACCGAGCCAAGGAGUUUAAUGAUCACUGGUGGGAACGGUGCUUUAAUGAUGCCGCCAACAAUGUAGAGGUACAAAUUCAGCAGGAUGGGCAGGUCUCAACCUCCCGGAAAUGUGGAAAGGAUGCGGUGGAGAUCUCCACCAGCGGAUUCUCCGCCCGGAAGCUGAAAAAAGCCAAGGAACAGCACGCCCGCGAUGGGAAAUCCACCUACGACAACUUCUUGCAAACCUCUUUGCUCACCCAGAACGGCGGCGAGGUGGAGACUCUUGAACGCAUUAAGGUAGAGGACAUAGAGGUAACCAAGUUGGCAGUGCUCACGGAUGAGGAACUUUUUAAAGCCUGUGGAGGAAGGACGGCGCACAAGGGAGCCCGUCAUGGCCUCAAAUUAAGCGGGAAAAUUGCCCGACUCGAGCAGCAGGAGCGCGAGAUGCUGGAGAAGCUGCAGGCAAAACUAAAUAGCGUUCCUGACCAAAAAACCAAGAAAAAAAGGGAUUCAGCUGAAGAGUUACUUGUGGAGGAUCAAAAACCAGUGGAAGAAACUGUGAACGAUAGUCUCGAGCCGCUUGUGAAACCAGAAAAGAGGAAAAAGGCCGCGAAAGAUGAGUCUUUAGAAGAGGUAACAGUGGACCAACUGGAGAAACCCAAGAAGAAAAAGAAGAAGAAAGCAGAUAAGUCGGAAGAGAAAGUACCAGAGGAGCCCCUAAAGAUUAAAAAGAGAAAAAAUAAUAUAGCUGAGAAUUCUCCAAAGGAAUGUGAAGAGCCAACUCAAGAUAAAGAAGACAAAGAACCUUUAAAGAACAAGAAGCGAAAAACAGAGGAUGAUACCGAAGUAUCCGAAGCACCAAUUAAAAGUAAAAAAAAGAAGAAAAAGAAUAAAGAGGUGGAUCAAUAGUUAAAUGUAUAGAAA